AGACCCGAAGAUCACAGGAGCCGAAACAUCCUCGCUUCUCCUCCCCUUCUGUCAACAAAGCCCCACACAGCUUUAUAUUUUUGCCUCCCGCAGGUUUCUCCUUGCCUCCACCUUCUCUCUACUGCACCCACACCUCCCUAAGGCAUCAACAUAGCACCUGUAAGGGAAGGAGACCACACAUCCUUUAACGGCAUCCUGUAGGACUUCUGAUGUUCCCACCACGUCCUGCAGCACCAUGAACAUCCUCCACAGACUGCAGGACCCACAGUUGGUCGCGGACUGUCAGUAUAUUUUUGGCGUGCGGCACAGAGAGGAAGAGAAGGGGAGAUACAGCUAUACACAGGAGAGAGAGCGAGAACAUUUGAAGUCCGAGGGAUGUGAAGUGAGGUCAUCUGAGAGGUUUGUGGAUCACUGUGGGGCACGCCAGCGGUCCAGGGGCAAGGGCAAGGCUUCAGCAGACCUCCAGACCAAGACACACAUCCGCCAGGGGUCAUCGGCCAGCGACGGCGAAGGAGGGAAAGGAUGGAUGAGUCUGCUGCUUGGAGAGAACACUGGAGGGACAGAGGGAAGCAUGGAGGAGGACAACACACUCUCAGAAUCAGAACCAGAGGACUCACAAUAUGUCAUUACUAAUAUGUUCUGGUACCACUUGUUCUUCUUUGCCACGGCGCUGGGCGGGGAGCUGUUCUACUCUGUGUUCUUCUGCUUCUGGGCCUGGAAUGUGGACGGGGCUGUUCUGCGCCGGGUCAUCAUGGUCUGGAUGGUCACGAUGUACAUAGGUCAGGCGCUGAAGGACCUCCUGAAGGUACCUCGGCCGGCCUGCCCCCCUGCAGUGCGCCUGGACAGCAAGUGGGAGUUGGAGUAUGGCCUCCCCUCCACCCAUGCCAUGGUGGGCGCUGCUAUGCCCUUCUCCAUCUUCAUCCUCUCCCUCAAUAGGUACCAGCUGGACUGGGUGUGGGGCCUCGCCAUCGCCCUCACCUGGUGUUCGUGUGUGUGUCUGUCGCGCAUCUACCUCGGCAUGCAUAGUGUUCUGGACGUGUUGUGUGGCCUGGUGCUGGUGAGUGGCCUGCUGGUGAUCAUGCUGCCAUGGGUGGACACUCUAGACCACCUGGCCCUUACCCACCCCGCCUCACCACUCAUCACCAUCAUCCUCACUAUCGCCAUGGUGGUGUGCUACCCUGCCACUGACCGAUGGACGCCUGCCAGAGGCGACACCACAGUCAUCGUUGGUGUGGGCUGCGGCUCCCUGCUGGGGUCUUGGGUCAACUAUCAACUAGGGGUGAUCCGAGAGCCGUCCCUGCCACCGCCCUACACUGUGCUGUGGCCGUCCCUCAACAUGGUGGGCCUGUCACUGCUCCGGACGACCCUAGGCAUGGUGGUGAUAGUGGCAGUGAAGGCAAUAUUCAAGUCACUGUCAUUUGCUACCAUAUGUGCUUUAUUGCAGAUAAGGGCAGAGGACUACGUGAACAAGACAGGCGGCCUCACCCUUCGUCACCGCCUCGUUGUUGAACUCUUUUACAAAUUCAUCACUUACAUCGCCAUUGGGUUCACUGUUGUCUACACUGGACCAAUGACCUUCAGGCUUGUGGGUAUAGAGAGGCCCACAUUCUAUACUGAAGUGUGAGGGAGGAGGUGGUGGUGGUGGUCAUGGUAGUGGUGGUGGUGGUCGUGUAUGUCUGUUUUGUUUCUCUCUCUCUGUCUGUCUGUCUGUUUGUUUCUGUCUGUCUGUCUGUCUGUCUGUCUGUCUGUCUCUCUGUCUGUCUCUCUGUCUCUCUCUCUCUCUCUCUCUCUCUCUCUCUCUCUCUCUCUCUCUCUCUCUCUCUCUCUCUCUCUCUCUCUCUCUCUCAUAGUCUAGCACAAAUAAACACAUAUACACAUAUAUAUAUUUUGCAUUUAUAUACACAAGAUCUAUAGAAUAUUGUAUUUUUAUCACUGUAUGUUCCUGUAUAGUCUGGCAUUGUAUUGCUUCCAUAGUGGUAUUUUUGUAUAUGUAUAGUGUGUGUGUGUGUGUGUGUGUGUGUGUGUGUGUGUGUGUGUGUGUGUGUGUGUGUGUCCAGUCUCAUAUACAGUUAAUACACACACCUCUAUGUAUGUAUGUAUGUGUGUAUGAGGGAUGUGUGUGUGUGUGUGUGUGUGUGUGUGUGUGUGUGUGUGUGUGUGUGUGUGUGUGUGUGUGUGUGUGUCCAAUCUCAUGUACAGUUCACACACACACACACACACACACACACACACACACACACACACACACACACACACACACACACACACACACACCUAUAUAUGUAUGUAUGUAUGUGUGUUACAACUUGAGGAGAGGAAAUUAAUGAAUAACAAAGGCUGGUGACUAAAAUAAUAUAAUAUAUAAUUUUUUAGGUAUUUAAAGGAAGGAGAAAAAGUUGUAUAGCAAAUUAUUAUUAUUAUUAUUACUCUUAGUUGAUUGAAUUUGUAAUUGGUGUAUAAAGGUCAUUCUUGUGGUGUUAUUUUUGUUCAUUCUCUUAAUUAAUGUUAAUAUAAAUGUUUUGUUUUCAGUUUGUUGUUGUUAUUGUUUAUUUAUUUAUUUGCAAUCUAUCUUUUUUUAUUUAAUGUUUUGUUUUCAGUUUGUUGUUGUUGUUUGUUUAUUUAUUUGGAAUCUACCUUUUUAUUUAUUUAUUUAUUUAUUUAUGUAUUUAAUGGUAGAAUCUGUUAUUUCUUUUUUUUAUUUAAUGUCAAUAAUAAGUUUUUUUUGGUUGUGUAAUGUUAAUAAUCUGUGUUUGUUUUGAUUUUUCUCAUUUAAUGUCAAAAUAAUAGUGUUUCCUUUUUCUAACAUUUUAUUUAUUUAUUUAUUUAUUAUUCAUUUAUUUUUUGUAUAUUUAUAGAUUUUCUUAACAUUAUUAUUAUUAUUAUUAUUAUUAUUAUUAUUAUUAUUAUUAUUACUGUUAUAUCUUAAUUACUAAUGUUGACUUAUCAUUGUUAUUACUGUUACUAAUUAUAUAACUAUGCUCAAGAAAUAAUAUUGAUUUUGAUACAGAGAAAUAGAAAAUACUGGAAUCUCUCUCUCUCUCUCUCUCUCUCUCUCUCUCUCUCUCUCUCUCUCUCUCUCUCUCUCUCUCUCUCUCUCUCUCUCAGUAUGUUUUUGCAUCAUAUAUUUAUUUUGUUGUAAUUUAAAAACUACAAGAAUCUCUCUCUCUCUCUCUCUCUCUCUCUCUCUCUCUCUCUCUCUCUCUUGCACUAUAUUUAUUUUGUCACAAACUUAGCUGUUUUUUUUUCUCAACAAUCAACACAAUAUUGUUCAUUUUGAUAAAAGAUGAAGAUUUACAGUGAAUAUUUAAAAGUUUGAUAGAGCAAGUAUGUAUGUAUGUAUGUAUGUAUGUGUAUCGCAGUGAUUAUGAUGCAUUUAAUUAUGUAUGAUUGUUUGAUUUGCCUCGAUAUACUACUACUACUACUACUACUACUACUACUACUAUAAUACUUUUCCCUCUCUUAUUUCUACUACUUUCAUUGUCCUUCACUUCUCUUUACUUUCAUAUUCAGUGGAAACUCGGUACACGGACAAAUAUUGAUUCACUAACUCAUUUUCCGAACAAUAUUUGCACGGGGUUCAUGAAUCGUGUGUUUUGGUUUGGAACGGCGCAAACACACUCACGCAGCCUCCCUACAGCUGGCACCAACACACACGCACACACAUUCGGCAGCUUCUCGAGUCGCCUGCCUUGGUGAUCGUCAGUGUUGUGCUCUUAAACUUAACUUUUUUGCUUUUUUUUUUACUUUUGUUAUUAAUGAGUUACCUUUUCCCUCACCUUGGCUUCUGAAAAUUAAGUUGAAGGUGGUGAUAGAGACCCUGCGUGUAUUACUGUGGGGUUCAAGGAAAUAACAGCGAAACACGAGAUUGGCCUCCUUGUUUCCGCCAUCGCCAGCCAGCACAGCAUGGCGAACUCUCUGGGUAAAGUCUUGAGGAAGCCACUGAUGUAUAUGUAAGUGCGUAUGUGAUAAUCUCUCUCUCUCUCUCUCUCUCUCUCUCUCUCUCUCUCUCUCUCUCUCUCUCUCUCGCCGCAGAUGUAAACAGUGGUGUGGUACUGAGAGAGAGAGAGUGAGAGAGACCUAUUUGAACUUAGUAAUAUAUAUACCAUUGAAAAUAAUUAAGAUGAGAGAGCUAUGUGUGUGUGUGUGUGUGUGUGUAGGGAGGAGGAUGAGGUACACACAGACGCACAUGGCCACCUUUAUUAAUAAGGUACACACAUGUAAACAUUCAUGUACGUAUAAUAUAUAUAUAUUUUAUGUAUAUAUAUAUAGCUUUAUUUAUUUUUUUUUUGUUUGGUAAUAUACAGUUUUUUUAUCGUCUUCAUCACAGCAAAUACAGAGAACGAACAAACAAACAAACGAACACAUACACACACACGUACAUACAUACAUACAUAACAUGCAUACAUACAUACACACAUACGAGAUUUCACGGUUUGGCUCACACGCACACAAACCAACAAACAAACGAACAUACAUACGAACACAUAAACACAAGAUAUUAGAUAAAUACAAAAAUAAAAAUAUCGUAAUUAAUAAAUAGAAAUAACAAAAAAAUAUAAUUCUGUUUAGUGAUUUCGUUCGUCUUCAGAAAAAUCGUGUUUCGAGUCCGAGUCGUGAAGUAAUUCGUUAGUGUCGGUUCAGUCCGCUUAGGUAUGGUUCAGUUCGGUUCAGUUCGGUUGAGUUCGGGUGUUCGCCAAACGCUCGUACGCUCAGCCAAUCAGAUUCGCGGAACACACACUAAGCCAGUUGUGAUUGGUCAGUUAGACGAGCGUUAAGCGAACUUCGAUUUUUUUUUUUUUUUUCCUCUCUCGUUGAACUGUGUGUGAGUUGUGUGAGUUGUGUGUGUGUGUGUGUGUGUGUGUGUAAGGGUCCCAUUUCUAAGUAGUAGUAGUAGUAGUAGCAGUAGAAGGAGGAGGAGGAGGAGGAAGAGGAGGAGUAGCAGAGAGAGAGAGAGAGAGAGAGAGAGAGAUUAAAAAGAUAAACAGGAUAAAUAAAUAGAA